AUGCGGCAGCGAGCCGUGCAGUCUGCCUUCGUCAGCUCCGUGUGCGCGAUGGGCGCUGCCAUUGUCACGCAGCCGAUGGACAUGGUGAAGACGAAGAUGCAGAUCCACCGGAUGAUGACCUCACGGGAUGAUGGCUUCAGGAGGGUCAAGGUUGCUCGUUUCUUCGCAACUCUCCGCGAGACGUAUCAGGCGACAGGCUGGCGAAGCCUCUGGGCAGGUGGCUCCCUGCGGGUAGCGUCCGCGGGGGCCGCCGGCCUGCUCCUGGGCCCGGCCUUGGAGUACGCACACCUCCUCAGCCACGAUGCUGGCAGGCCUUUGAGGAGGCAGCUGGAUCUUGGCGAGGACCCGGGCAGAACUAUUGUCCAUCCCCGGUCAUCGAAAGCGAUGUUUAUCGACGUGAAGCUCUAG